AUGGAAGACUUCUCCCAAUCCCGUGGGGACGACGAUCUAUUCGACGACGAAAUCAUCCCGUUCGACGACGCGCCCUCUCCAGAGAAAGUUACCGCUCAGCUCGAGCAGAUCUCUCUUGAGCCCUCGCCUUCGCCCGCUGCUACUGCUCCCGCUCCCCCUCCGCCUGUCGUCGCUGCCGAACCUUCUGCAGCGUUCGCACUCGAGUCCGUACCUGCGGCGAAAUCACCGACUCCGACUGCUGAAGCUCCGUUUCCGGGGUUCAAGCCCAAGCACAGCAGAGGUAGAGGUGGCCAUGCCGGGGCUGGGCGGGGAGGAGAAGCAGGUAGGAAGAUUGCUACUGGGCUGGAGGACUCCAAGUGGGCAGCAGCAGCGCCAGCGGUAAAAGGUGGAGAGACUGGUCCGUCUGCAGGUGGCAGAGAUACAAUGUCUACACGGUCACGCGGGAGACGAGGUCAACAACAAACUCCAGAGACAAACACCACACCUCCCGAAUCAAUACCUCAGUCUCAGCCUCCUGCUGGAGAAGAUCCAGCAUUAUCAUCCGCAUCAGCGACGACGACGGCAGCGGCGGCGGCCACUCAAAGCACCGACAACAUCCCCACUGGGCCGUCUCCGAACAACACUGCUGCUGCUGCUGCCGCUGCUGGUCGUACGCUCGCCGUGCGCGGCGACCGUCUUGCCACCGGCGGUGUCCGCCCUCCGAAACUGUCGGAUGAGGAGUUGACAGCCAAACUCGCCGCGGCAAAAGAGAGAUCGCAGUCCCUUGCGGCAGCGCACGCCCGGGCGCAAGCGGACGCGGCAAAUUUCGAAGAGCGAGAAAGACAAGCGAAGCAGAGGAGGCAGAGGGACAUCAAGGACAGGAGGGUGAUGGAGGGGGAGAGGGAAAAGAAUCGUCUUAGGAAGAUGGCGGGCCAGUUGGGCAGGGAGUGGGAUCGGGACAAGGAGGAAGAACUGCACCAGAGCAAUGGGCGAGGGGGCAGGAGAGGGUUUCCGUCUGCGCCCCCUGGUGGUCCUGGGGCGGAGGAGGAUGAUCUGAGAAUGUACGAGUGGCAUGACGACCGGGGACGAGGGGGACGAGGGAGGGGAAGAGGAGGUCGAGGCGGAGGAAGGGGUCGAGGUCGAGGUGGUCCUAGAGGCGGCGGCGGCUUUGGUCGCAAUGGUGACGCUUCCACUCAGCAGCAGCAGCAGCCGGAUUUAUCUGGUGAGACAGACUUCCCCUCUCUCCCUGGCUCCAAUACCACUGCCACUGCGCCAAAGGAGCCCGGUGCCGGAGGCGACGCGACCGCCACCACGACUGCCAGUGCUCCAGCGUCCAAGCCCAAAUCGAAGCGGUGGGACUCAACCGGCACCGGCUCGGGCUCAGCCUGGGGCUCCGGCGACGGCGGCGGUGGCGGCGGUGGAGGAGGAUCCUGGGCCGAGCAGGUCGAGUCCAGCGAGCUCGACGCCGAGAACACGAGCAAGCCCAGCAACUUCUGGUAG